AUGUUGUCCCCCCCAACUCUCCCAGCUCUUCCAACCAUUCCAUCCUCCCAAACCCUCCGCAGCACCACCCGUAUAACCCAUUCAACCCUCUCAACCCACCCAUCCCUCCCAACCCAUACCCCUCGCCUUCCACCCUCCUCCCCCAUAGACCUAAACCCCUACACCCCCUCCGUCCCCUGCCUCCACUGCCGCCUCGUCUCCUCUCCGCGCUGCUCCCUCCUCAACUUACUUAACCACCGCACCCCUUCGCCGUCGGCGCCCGCCAAUAUGUACUACAACAGGCCUUGGAGUUGGUGGCACAUGUACAUGUACACCAAGGAACCUUAUGUUCCCAUCCCGGGAUUACAGGCGAGAUGCUCAAGGUGUGUGAGGGAUGGGAUUGAGUGGUGCGUUUUGAGGGAGAUGGGGGAGAUGGAUGGGGAGGGGGAGGCGAUGGAGAGGGUGCUGCUGGGGGAGAGGAGGGAUGGGGUAGGAGGACUUGGAGUACGGCGGCCUGGAGGAUUGUUUGGAGCACCGGUGAAUGGAGCUACGCUUGGAGCUACGCUUGGGGCUACGCUUGGGGCUACUACGCCUGGAGCUGAAUCGUGGAUGGAGGUGGGGAAGGAGGGGACGCCGAGGAGGAGAAGGAGGAGGAAGGAUGGGACGCUUGGGAAAGAGGUGGGUGAGCGGGGGAAUGUUGGGGAGGAGGGUGUUGGUGGAGGAGGUGAUAUGGGUGGGAAUGAUGAAAAGAGGUCUUCAGACUCACUAGUGAUCAGGGCACGACGGGUCAGGAGGAGGGUUGAUAUUUCGAACGAAUCUUCGGAUGAGGAUGAGGAUGAGGAUAAGGAUGAGGAUGGCUCCACGGGAACGGCUUCUGCUUCUAGAAAACCCAUGAAGUCUAAGAAGUAUGGGAAGCCCAUUAAAUCCUCCAAGGCCAAUUCACCACUACUCCCACAAGGGAACUCAGCCUCACACGACAUAGCCAACUACGAUGCCGACAGCGACAGAGACAACAACAACAACAACAACAACAACAACAACAACAACACCAACAACACCAACACAGACAUCAACUCCGACGACGACCAUGAUUCCGAUCUCAUCGACUCUGAUACAAAAUCCCACGUAUCUUCCAAGACCUCCUUCUCCAAAAGAUCCAUCAAGUCCACCAACUCUACCACCUUCUCCCCAUUCCUCACACCCUCCUCCUCGCCCCCAGUAAAACACCCAGAGUCAACUCCCCCACCACCACCCUCACCACCAGAACAAAUAUCAUCAGACUACGUGCUGAAAGAAGAGAGAUCAUGGAUAUGGAAAGAAAAGGGGUGGUGGAACGAGGGGAAGGAAAAAGUAAAAAGAAAGGAAUUCAAGAGGGAAGAGUGGAUGGGUCACCCCCUUUUCGCAGCCGUAACAGCAGUGGAGGUGAGGAAGUGGGAUGUCAUCAAUUUGGGUAAUAACCCUGAGAAGGGGAUGAUACAAAAGGGUACAAUGGAGACUGAAAACGCGAUGGACCUUAUCAUUUCCACACCAGGGAUGAUGAAAAGGUUUUUCGACUCCGAAAUCCCCUUCAUCGCCUACGUCCGAACCACCGGCCUAGAACAAGGUCGCGAAGAAGACUUACUAGAGAUCGUCCGAUCCCAGAUCCUACAUGUCAUGGCGAGUUACGAGCAGAACACCGAAACCCGAAAAAAAGAGGCGAUGUCCGCGGCAGAGGGUUCUUUACCCCUCGAAAGCCGCUUCUUGUUGACCACCCAGGAGGAUUUGCAGAGGCAGUUUGCGCUGCCUAGUUGGCGGAGAAAGGGGUUGGAGUUUUUGAGUGCGGAUAUGGUGGAGAUGCGGAGGAGGAAGAAAGUGGAGAGGAUUGAGAGGGAGAAAAAAAUGGAGGAGAAAAGGAUCCAUGAGAAAAAGCUGAAGGAGUUGGAGAUGGAGCAGAGGGCGAGGGAGGAACAGGGAGAGAAGGGGAAAGACGAACUAAAAGAUCAACAACAACCCCAACAACCAUCUAGUGUAUAUCAAGUCCUCACCACCACCACCAGCUUGACCCCAUCCCAAAACCCAAUCCCAAUCCCAUCCCCCAACUCAGCCCCAGAGCCAGAACCAGAACCAGACCCCUACACAUCCGACCACUCCGACCCCGAACAACCCCCCUCCACACCCGCCGAGUAUUUUUCCCGCCGGCUCACCCGCCUUCACAACUUCUGGACCAAAGAAGCCCAACCCGCCGAUUUCGAAUUCGCCAAAGCCAUUAAGCGUAACACCUUGCGCAAGUGGCGAGGCGAAAGAAGGGAAGGGUAUAACUCGAAGUGGACAACAUCGGGGAAUGGGGACGACGAGAACGGGAGGGAACAUGAGAAUGUGACUACUACUCCCAAGAUAAAAAAUAUCGCCGAGUGGUUAGCUAGAAUUGCCGCUCAAAGCCAGCGCCAGGGGCAACUGCAAACGGGUACGGGUAAUGGUAGGUUACCAGGAGCAAGAGCAGGAGGUGGGAGGACUCGGAGGAAGCUGACUCGUCAGCAACUGGCUGAUUUUGAUUAUUCUUCUGAUUCCUUCUCCUCUUCCUCCUCAGAAGAAGAAGGGGGGCUGUGUCUGGCUGAUGAGUUGGAUAUUUUGACUGAUGCUAGUGAUGAUGAGGAUAUUUUGAGGUUUUUGGGUGAGGGUGAUGAUGAUGAUGUAGGGGAUGAGAGAGAGGAUAAGGAGGAGGAUAUGCACGAGGAUGAAGAUAGCUACCCGCUUGUAGAUCAUGUUCGAGAGUCAAUGAUGAAUAAGCGUUAA